AUGAACUUAUUAAGUCUAACCUUACUAUUGUUCACUACUGAAGCACUCGCCCUCACCGGUGAACGCAGAGCUAGAACUGGUACAUCGUUUUUGUCAAGGGUGGCCAGGUCAACUGAAGAGGAAGCAGGAGAAUAUGGGGCAUUAACAUUCAACAACGUUGGAUAUGAAGGAACUUACUACAACGUAGAAAGUAUAAACGUGGACAAGUGUGAGUGCAAACUGAAUACUGAAUCUCCCUUCAGUUUUGAAGGCCCAAACUCUCCAUUAGACGAGGAGCUUUCAGUCCACUUGAGGGGACCACUGCGCUUGAAACAGUUUGCUUACUAUUUAUCUGAGAAUGAAACCAAUAACGAUGCUACCUGGGAGAGGCUAGCAUACUACAAUUCCGAAACUCAGGCAGCAGAGAACGUCACCUUUAUGGGAAACGUUGGCGAGAAUUCAACCUGCCUGGGCCAAGCACUAGAUUAUGUUGGAACUGAUGGAAUUUCGAGUGCUAGUUCUUCUGAAGUUCUCGAGGCAGAUAACGAGUUAUACUCAGAUGAAGAGAUUAUCAUCUACUCCAACGUAACUUGUGAAAGCUCAGGAUGGAGUAAAGAUUGCGGUGUAUACAGGCAUGGUAUUCCCGCUUUCCACGGCUUCUCAGGAACAACCAAGAUGUUCCUGUUUGAGUUUGAAACCCCAGAAGAGUCUAAGUACUCAGAAGAUGACGUGCUGUAUUACAAUAUGCCAGCUAUAUGGCUUCUAAAUGCCCGCAUUGCUAGGACUUCUCAAUAUCCAACUAAUACUUCAUGUUCUUGUUGGGCUAGUGGUUGUGGAGAGUUUGACAUUUUUGAAGUUAUGAACUCGACCGAUUCUAACAAAUUUGUCUCUACGAUUCAUGACUUUCAAGGAACAGACGAAGUCCAAACUGGGCUAACUUUGAACGGCUACAUGCUCAGAACACCUGAAGAGACUCAAAGUGGAGGUGUCGUAUUUGGAAGCGAUGGAACCAUUACUGUCUUUCUUUCUAAUUACACUGACUUUUCUUCUCAGAUUGAGGCAUCAGUGCAGCAGAGUUGGAUUUUCGACCUUGAAGAGGAUACUCUAGCAACCACAUUGAGCUCUGCUUCUUCCGGAUUGUAUUCUUCAUCAAGUGAAGGAGCUGCUGUCUUAGUAGGCUCAUCAAACAACUGGAUCACCCUAGCGAUGGUGGCACUCUUACCCUGGAUUAUGUAA